AUUCCAUUCUCAGCAAAAAUACCAUCAUAUUUAGACAAAGUUCUCAAAUAUUAUAAAUCCUCUCUCUCUCUCUCUCUAUAUAUAUAUAUAUAUAUAUUCUCUCUCUAAAACAUAACUAUUCCUCUUGAUCAUAUUAGAUAUAUGGCAAAAAUGUCAUCGGACCCCCUUGUGAUCGGUAGGGUGGUCGGAGACGUUGUCGAUCAUUUCUCCUCCACCGUCAAAAUGUCAGUCACUUACAACUCCAACAAGCAUGUCUACAAUGGCCAUGAGCUCUUCCCUUCCACAGUCACCUCUAAACCUAGGGUUGAGGUCCAUGGUGGUGAUAUGAGAUCAUUUUUCACCCUGAUCAUGACAGACCCUGAUGUUCCUGGUCCUAGUGAUCCAUAUCUGAGGGAGCACCUGCACUGGAUAGUCACAGAUAUCCCUGGCACCACAGAUUCCUCAUUCGGAAAAGAAGUAGUGAGCUACGAGAUGCCGAGGCCAAACAUAGGAAUACACAGGUUUGCAUUUGUGCUGUUCAAGCAGAAGAAGAGACAAUUAGGAUGCGUGAGGGCACCAGCUUGUAGGGAUGGAUUCAAUACCAGGAAUUUUGCCCAGGAAAAUGAGUUAGGUCUCCCUGUUGCUGCUGUUUACUUCAAUUGCCAGAGAGAGACUGCUGCUAGAAGGCGCUAGCUCAUCAUCAUCAUCAUCAUCGUCAUAUAUCCCGACAACUCCUAUAACUAUAUAUAUAUAUUCAUACCUAUACGUAUGCAUCUGUAUGUCUCUAUGUAUGUAGAUGUGCAUUUUCCUAGUACUACUACAACUAAUGUACGUCUUGGAUCCUACGUACAAAAAUAAGUGAUACCAAUGUGUGGGUGGGGUGGGUUCUUUCCUAGUAUGUACGUAAUGACUAGAGACUCCCCACACUUAGAUAUAAUUGGUACCUUCCAAAUAAAACUUAGUUAUUUUCUGCAUAUAUGCUUAAUCCGUAG